CAUUUACAGCUGGAAGUAUACAUAUACCCCAGUGCUCUGGAUGUUUGAUGAUGUUCUGUAUUCAUCAUGCUUCUGUCCUUGACUCAUUUUACAUUUAAAGGAAAAAAGUGACUUGAGCAAAAGUAUGUCUCAUUGACAGCCGUUCGUGUGCGAGUCUCACUAUGCGUCUUUUAUCUGUCCGGUCUUAAUGUUUUUAUGUCUUGAAAUCCUGUUUAAUCUGGAGUUGUGUUCUUUAAACUGGUCACUUGUUCAUCCAUCAGCAUCUAUCAAAAAAAUCUGAUGGUAGGUAGUUUUGUGUUGGUUUAAGAUGGUCUACUAGUUUGCACUGGGUAGACCCUUAUAAAAAAAUUAAAAAUUGUACAUUUUGUAAAUUGUAGUUACAAUGGUUUUGAUACAGUAACAAGUUUAACCGUGUUUUUUUUUAUAGGAACAUUGUGGCAAUGUGCAAAAAAAACAUGGUUAUUACGCUUUACUAUAAUAACACCAUGCAUAGUUAAGAGAGGACUCCAGCAUUUUUGUUGUAAAACGCAUAUACAGUAAUUUAAGAUUUUAUUGUGUUUUUGAAAAGCAACAUAUUGUUUACUUGUAUUUUACCUGCAGGUUUUCUUUAGCACGACAGGAAUUCUAAAAUGAAAAGGAGGUUUACAGAGAAUGUGUGUAAAAACUGCAGCUGAAUAACAGUGUCCAGAGAAGUGUGAUAAUGUCUUUUCUCAACGGGACCGAAGACAACAUCUCCAUCUCUGCCUGGACCCCGCAGUCAUGGUCAUCAUCUGUUCUCUCUCCUUCCCCGUCUUCAUUCGUCCCUCAGUCUAACUGCUCCGUGGCUUCAUCUCCCUCGUCUCCGCCGUAUAACUUCUACGCUGUGUUGUUGGUGUUGUUGAUCUUCUGUGUGGUGUUUGGCAACGUGCUGGUGUGUGUGGCUGUGUCGAGAGAAAAAGCUCUGCAGACAACAACCAACUACCUCAUCGUGUCUCUGGCUGUGUCUGAUCUGCUUUUGGCCUCGCUGGUGAUGCCCUGGGGCGUCUAUCUGGAGGUUGUGGGUGAAUGGAGGUUCAGUCGGAUUCACUGUGAUGUUCUGCUCACGCUGGAUGUGAUGAUGUGCACCGCCAGCAUCCUGAACUUAUGUGCCAUCAGCAUUGACAGGUAUACGGCUGUGGCCAUGCCCUUACUGUACAACACACGGUACAGCUCCAGGAGACGAGUGGCGCUCAUGAUCGCUGUCGUCUGGUUCCUCUCAUUUGCCAUAUCAUGUCCACUGCUGUUCGGUCUCAAUAACACAGCCAGUCAGGAAGGGAGAGAUUGCAGUUUUGCUGAUCCUGCAUUCGUUAUUUAUUCAUCCGUCGCAUCAUUUUACGUGCCCUUCAUCGUGACACUGCUGGUGUAUGCGCAGAUCUGCAUGGUUCUGCGCAGACGGGGCAGACGCACAGCGCCUUCACGCAGACACGGCCUUCAUCCAGAAACCGGAGAUGGACAGAGACGUGGCAAAAAUAAGUGUACUCAUCCCGAGGACGUCAAGUUGUGUACUGUAAUUGUGAAGCCGCCUACAGAUGCUCCACAGCGCAAGAAAGUGACGUUGGCGGCAGAGGCGCUGGUUCAUCCUCUGGAGGUGGAGCCUGUGUGUUUUCUGAGUCGGGAGAGAGAGCAGACGCAGCUGCCGGGACGAGCCAAAAUCUCUCUCUCGGUGUGUGUAGCGCCCAGCCCAACCCGCCCCCGCUCCACGCGCUCGGCCCCGGACCCUCGCAGGACCUCCCUGCAGGAGAACGUGCGCGGACGGCACGGGUGGAGAGAGCAACAUGCGGAAAGAGAGAAAGCAGCCACAGCCAAAGAGAGAGCGAGAGGAAGAUUAUCACAGCAGAAAGAGAGAAAAGCCACUCAGAUGCUGGCUAUUGUUUUAGGCGUGUUCAUCAUCUGCUGGCUGCCGUUUUUUCUGACGCACGUGUUGAAGGCUCACUGCGGCACCUGCUGCAUCUCUCCGUCUCUCUACAGCGCCGUCACCUGGCUGGGUUACCUGAACAGUGCCGUCAACCCCGUCAUCUACACAACGUUCAACAUCGAGUUCCGCAAGGCCUUCAUUAAAAUCCUGCACUGCUGACAGAGAACUCCAUGAGAAUCACAUCCACAAACAGCAAACUGAAGAUACGCUGUUGAAAUUGAUCACAUUCGACUCUUUUCUUACGAUCAGCUCUGAUGUUUUCUUAUGGUGCUGUCAAAGGAAAAGUGUCUGUUGAGGUGCACUCUACCUUUUACUCUUACUUUACACUACAUGUAAGAACUCUGUGAAAUGGUUUUAUACGUCUUUGUCUUUUCUUCUGAACUGCUCGAGCACGCUGUAAUGUGCACAAUGCCGUAAAUAACACGAGACGAAAGGAGCGCACAUAAACAACAACACACAAUAAAUGCUGUCUAAAGAAUCCCAAGGUGUCCGCGGGGUCUUAAACAAGUUGAUAAAUAAAUGUAUCGAAAAUUGAGACCCUUAAAAAGUCCUAAAUGGCAUUUUCCAAGGUAUUAAAUAUUGUAUCAUCUUUUCAUAUUUGUCCUAAGAGGUCAUGUGCUAAAGUCUGCCGUAGGUGAAUAGUGGGCGGUCCAUUUACAGCCGGUUGUUAAACAACAUGCUUGACCGAUGGAGAAAUGCAAAUGUUUGGAGGAUAAAGAGUUGUAACCGUCUCUGAGGUGAACUGCUGUGUGUGUCGGAAGGCCUCGUUUCUCUUUCUGAUAAACCUUGCAUUGGGUUAGUCGCUGGAUUCAUUCUCUGGUGCUUCAUUCCCACCCUUCUGAAGGAUGGGGCAGUAAUGAGGAGUUACUAAACAAACGAAGACUGUUUAGUUGUGCUAUCUUACAGUCAGUAUAUAGCAAAUCUAAGUUAAAGUGUCGCCAAUGUACGAUUCAAACAUGAAGUGGUUAUGAUGUCUUAAAAAGUAUUACAUUUAGCUCCUUGAUUUCUGUAUAUACCAUUUCAAUACAUUCAUACAUGACAGUUUUUCAUUACCUGCAGGUGAUUUGUAUGUUCGUCAUGGUAUAUUCAUCAUUUUUCAAUGCUUUGUCCACCGUCUUGGAUGGAUUUUUGAGAUCACAGAUGAGAUUCCUUUAGUUUUUCCAUAGACAUCAGUGAGAGCAAAUGAGUCUCAUCUGCAUCUCGAAAAUUUCUCCUGAGAAAAAGAGUCCGAAAUGUGACGAAUGUUUGAGAAGAGAUGUGUGUGUCAAACUGAGAAAUCCAUCAUCUUCAUAUUGUCUAAGAAUCUGCCCGAAAGAAGUCUCU